CCCACUACCUUUACCUUGGAAGUUAUGCAAAACCAAAGCUUUGUGACUGAAUUUAUUCUCUUGGGACUUUCACAGAACCCAGAUGUUCAGAAAAUAGUGUUUGUUGUAUUUCUGUUUAUCUACAUUGCAACUGUGGGUGGAAACUUGUUGAUUGUGGUGACCAUCAUCAAUAGUCCAGCACUCCUGACUUGCCCAAUGUACUUCUUCUUGGCAUUCCUGUCCUUCCUGGAUGCUUGCUUCUCCUCUGUCAUUGUCCCAAAGAUGGUUGUGGACUCUCUUUAUGAGAAGAAGACAAUCUCCUUUGGAAGCUGCAUGACCCAGCUCUUUGCUGAACAUUUCUUUGCUGGGGUGGAGCUGAUUGUCCUCACAGCCAUGGCUUAUGACCGCUAUGUGGCCAUCUGUAAGCCCUUGCACUACUCUUCAAUCAUGAACUUAAGAGUCUGUGGCAUUCUGAUGGGAGUAGCCUGGACAGGGGGCUUUCUGCAUUCCAUUAUCCAGAUUCUCUUUACUUUCCAGCUGCCAUUCUGUGGUCCCAAUGUUAUUGAUCAUUUCAUCUGUGACUUGUACCCAUUACUAAGGCUUGCCUGCACAGAUACUCACAUUUUUGGCCUAUUUGUGGUAGCCAACAGUGGAUUUAUCUGUAUCAUAAUUUUCUCUUUGCUUCUAGUCUCCUACAGUGUCAUCUUGCUCUCUCUAAGAAACCAUAGCACUGAAGGGCAGAAAAAAGCCCUAUCUACGUGUGGAUCUCACAUUGCUGUUGUGGUUUUGUUCUUUGUCCCAUGCAUAUUUGAGUACGCACGACCUCCAUCUGCCUUCUCUUUUGACAAGAUGGUGGCGAUAUUUUACACCAUCCUAACACCCUUGUUCAAUCCUUUGAUUUACACUUUUAGGAAUAAGGAAGUGAAAAAUGCCAUGAAGAAACUGUGGAACCAAGUAAAGGCCAUUUCUAAUAAAAAGUGA